UAUACGAAAUACGCGAAACGAUGCCGUUGGACUGUGCUCAGUGUCUCGACUCGGUUGCCCGAUAAAACAGGGAGGAGGGAAGUGAAUUUGGGGUGGAGUACAGUGAAUAACUAAGAAAAGACUCUAGUGGACGGCUAUGACAGUGCAGUGACUUGCUGAUUGUUGUUUGUUUCUGUUCGACGCAUCCGGUCUUUUCUUAGGUUCUUCAGAGUUAAUUAUACUUUGUGGAGGAAGACGAGACGAGAGUCUCAACCACGGCACCAAAAUUGAGCUGGACUUGCACCAACGAGCCGCCGGCCACUUUAUGAGAGCCGGCGGCAACAUGUGCGACGGCUCGUUCACCGAGACCCUGCGCGGUAUGCAGGGUAUGCCGGGUACGUCACCACCCGGUGGCGCGGGGGUCGGCCCCAUGGGGGUUGGCCUCGGCAGCCCUCUUGGCCCGAGCCCGAAGAAGGCGCAGGUGGAGCACAUCAAGAGGCCGAUGAACGCGUUCAUGGUCUGGUCCCGGCUCCAGCGGCGGAAGAUCGCCCAGGAGAAUCCCAAGAUGCAUAAUUCAGAGAUAUCCAAAAGACUCGGUGCCGAAUGGAAACUCUUAACGGAGGAUGAGAAACGACCCUUUAUCGAUCAGGCGAAAAGGUUACGGGCCCAACACAUGAAGGAAUAUCCAGAUUAUAAAUACAGGCCUAGAAGAAAACCGAAAACUUUACGGAAAGAAGGAUAUCCUUACAGUAUUCCAUACCCUAGCGUGCCUAUGGAUGCAUUUCGUACCGGGAUGGCCGGCAGUAUGGGUCAAGCUGGAAUGGGCUCGUACUAUGGGCCUGCAGCGGCUUACGGCUCGUUGUCAGCAGCCAGCAUGGCCGCGGCCGCGGCCGCGGCUGCACAGCAAUCCGCGGCGGCGAUGUCGGCUGGCCUAGCGGCACCUGCUCAGGUGGUGAGCUCGAUGGACGCGAUGAAGUAUUCGAUGGAGGCGGACAAGUAUCGCGCCGCGUACAUGCCACCUAGCACGCUGACGAUGAGCAUGUACUCGGACCCGAAAUACUUGGACUCGAGUCCCAAGUCGUAUCUCGACCGCAGUUACCUCGACUCGGCGACCAAGGCCUACUUCGAGCAAUCCAAGCUCUACAUGGACCAGAAGCCUGCCAUCGCCGAUUACAACAGGCCCACUUACGAGCACAACAAGCUCUACGACGAGUCGAGCCCGGGCAGCGUGGUGGGCGGCGGCGGGCCGACGAGGUCGCCGGCCGCUGAAUCGCCCGACGUGAGCAAACAGCACGAGAGGACCGAGCAGGGCUCGUCGAGCGCGAGCUCCACGUCCACGUCCUCGGCGGCGAGCCCCGGCGCUAGUAGUCUGCCGGCCUAUUACCCGGGCCCGGUGCAAACCGGGGGCAUACUGGGCCCCCAGAUGAGCCAGUACAGCGGCUACCAGACGGCGCCCGCGCCUGGAAACGAAUCGUUCAGGCGACCGCUCACUGUCAUCUUCUGACCCGAUAGAACGUAGCUCUGAUCCAUCUUCGAGGAGCAAUUGCCCUGAUUUCGCUCCACUGGUGCUCGCGCGCGAUGAUGCUGGUGCUCGUGGUG